GGCCCCGCCUCCUUCCCUCAGAAUGCCGACACAUAUGGCCUAGCCUAUUUACCUCAGGGAACUGCUUGAGAGUUGGGGCUUGUCAGUCAGAAGUUUCCCUCUCUGCGGGGUUACUGAGGGGAAUGUAGCCUGGCACGUACUGAUACUGGCUCUAAAGUGACCUGACACACAAAAUGCAGGAGAAAUCCACCUUUGAUUACACAGUGAAAAAAUGCAAUUAAAAAAGGAAAAUUAAGGGUAAAUAUAAAAACAAAACCAAGAAAAGAAAAAAAUACAGAUGAAAAUCAAAUUAUACGUCGGUAGGUGGUAUUUAUAAGCAAGUAAUGUGUAAUAGGGAUACGGGCUGGAAUGCCAAACGCAUUCCUCUCAGCAAAACAAACCUGCUCCGGAGCUCAGACCAAUCGCAGCUCCACAGACCCAAUAAAUGACAGAGAGGAAGAAAAAAAAUCAGGCCAUUGACAUGCAGAAGAAGGGGCCCUGCCUGCUGCCUCUUUGUGCUCCAUUCCGUGCCUUCAUGCAGCCGUUAAUGGAAGCCAGAGGAGCGCCUAAUCAAUGCAGAAGGCAGUAAGACGAAUGCGUUUUGGGAAGGAUGCAAGGAAGCACCGGGAGCCUGUACGGUAUAGUGGCAGCCACCCAUCACAGCUAGUUAUGACCGGCGUUGGCAUUGGCAUUACACGGGGUUUGUCGGGCAGCACAUUGCUUUAUAUGAAUGUGAUCCUAGGCGGGCAGUGUAAGGAAACAGAAGAGCAAAGGUGGUCCUACUAGAACCCAGCCAUGUUGGAAGAAAUCGCACAGAAGUGGUACCCCACCCACGUCCAAGUGACUGUGUUAGAGGCCCGGGAGCUGCACCCCAAAGGCAAGCAUGGCACCAACGACACCUACACCAUCAUACAGCUGGGUAAGGAGAAAUACUCCACCUCAGUGGUGGAAAAGACCCUCAGCCCCGUCUGGAAGGAAGAGGCAUCCUUUGAGCUGCCCGGUCUGGUCAUGGAGGAGAACGCAGAGCAGUAUCAGCUGCAACUGACAGCCAUGCACAGGUCUCUGGUCGGCCUCGAUAAGUUCUUGGGGCAAGUCUGCAUCAACCUCAACAAUAUGUUUGAGAAGAAGGAACACCGCAAAACAGGAUGGUACAAGCUGGAAUCCAAACAGGGGAAAAGGAACAAGGAGAGAGGAGAACUAAAGGUCAACAUACAAUUCAUGAGAAACAAUAUGACGGCCAGCAUGUUCGACCUGUCCGUAAAGGACAAGACGCGUUCCCCCUUUGCCCGUUUAAAGGACAAGAUGAAAGGCAGGAAACCAGAUGGAUCGGACACCUCGUCUGCCAUUAUACCCAGUACCAGCAACCUGCACUCGGGCCAGGACACCGGUGACAAAGAGAUCCACAUAAGGAACAAGCCAAAGAAGCCGUUCCUCCUGGGACCACAGCGCCUAUCAUCUGCCCACUCAAUGUCAGAUCUAAUUGGGCCUCAGUCCUCCAAGAUGAACGCUGCUGGUCUUCCUGUUAAACUGCCCCUUGACUCCAUUAGUGCAGCCGACGAGAGCGGAAGCACUAAGUCACCGCACAGGCGAACCAUGAGUGUGGACACUUCGAAAGUAGAAACCAAUCCUACUGGAAGCGACUGGUCUAUUGGGGGGAGCACUGACCCAGACCCUACUGUUAGUCCUACUCUCCCACAAAAGUUUGCCACCCUUCCUAGGCAGUGGACCCCGUACGUUGAUAAGAACGACUCCUGGGAAACCGGUGGGAAGACUGUGCCGGGGAACAUUUCCGGCGGGCUUUUCUCCAAAUCUGGGGAAGGAAAGAAAGAGGUGAAGAAAAAGGACAAAGUCAGUCUCUUUGAAAGAGUAACUGGAAAAAAGGAAGGAAAGCGACAAAGCCAAGAGAAUUUGGACUGGGGCUCUGAUGGGAGGUCCCCGGACAGCGCAGGGCAAGCCUCAGCCUAUGAUUCCACAAACCCCUUUUUAACCAACUAUAGGAUGGGAAACCAGCCGACAGAUCAACGCUCACACCUGAAGUUCUCAUCCGGCGAAGCCCCCGGAACAGCACAGAUGGGCCGACAUGGCAGAGGAGCGGAGCACCAUCAGCAGAAAGGCAGAUCACCGGAUUCGGGCCCCUUUGAUGGCGCAGGGCUCUACAGUCACCUCACUCGCAACGAGGUGGAGCGGGAACUUUCCAAGCACAAGGAGCUUCUGAAGAGGAAGGACGGUCACAUUCGAGAACUUGAGGAUUACAUUGAUGACUUGUUGGUGCGGGUAAUGGAGGAGACACCCAGCAUCCUGCGUGUGCCUUACAUACCCUCCAAGAAAGCCGGCAAAUUCCCUCAGAGCUAAUAAGUACCUGCCUACUGCCCACCUUGUCGUUCCUGCCUCUGAUUGGUCGCUCGCCCAGUCUGAGACCUGCCUAUAUAGACUAAUUAACGGUCUCCAGGCGUUUUAAUGAUUAAAAACAAAGUCAUAUUCUGAAAUACUUUGGUGAAAUGAAGUUUAAGAAAAUGGUGCUUUCGAGACAACGUGAGUUAUAGUGGCAUUGGCAAAGUUCUGUGCCAUUUCUUUUGUGAGAUCUGAUUUUAAUUUUAUUAAGUACAAAAUGUACAGAUGACUGUAAGAACCCUCUUUUUAAAAAAAAAAAAAUAUUGCGUUUACCCCCUCUGCCAUGGUGAACUGUUGGGGGUCUCCGUAAUCUGGCUGCUGGCUAGCAAUAGGGAAACAGUACCUUUUUAUUAUGCUUGGCCCACAUAUUGUGGAUCAUCCAUCUUAGACCAUGCUCGGAGCUGUAGUCUCACAAGACGAGCCCUACGGGCAAUACAGAGGUGUCAGUUCCCCUGUUGUGUUGGUUCUGUGUUCUAAAGAACCACAGCAAGCUGUUCUCCUGGGGUUGCCUCUGGGGUCAGCCAUUGAAUGGUGACGUUUUUUGAAGUUACCCAUUCGUUCUUCUUACCUAGUACGCCCCUUUCUGCCUGGUAACAGGGUUACUUUUCUAUUCCCUGGGUGGUUGGAGUACACAGUAACUUCACACUAUAUGGAGAUGUGCUAUGAUGGAUCUGCUUUCUUUAUCCAAGAGGGGCAGAGAUUCUGAACCCCUUUAUAGCAGGACAAUUCACCUAUUAGGAACCUACACCUUGUGUUUCAUAGGAGCUAAGGUAUCCCAAUCCUCACAUACUUGUUUCACGGCAAUAACAUUCUGACCGACACUUCUAAACCCUCCUGCACCGGGUCUGUGUUUGCCAUUAUGCCCACAGCCUGGCAUUGAUCCCUCUCUUCUACAAGUGCUCUAUGGAGUUCCAAAGUCUACUUGGUACAGCUGCUCUUGGCUUCAUGGCCGUCCCUCUGCAGAUUUAGGAACGUCCAUUGUGAGAGAAUCACGGAAGAAUUGGACAAUGUUGAACAGAGAACUCGUUAUUGAUUCAGAUGCGCUUCAUUUACUAUAAUGAUUAUAAAUUAUUCAGUGUGCUGUAUCAUGGCAAGAAGAAAAACAAAGUUCUAUAAGCCCUAAGACUCCACCAAUUUUAAAGCUAUAAAGAGCAAUGAACAAUAAAGCAACUCGAUGUCCUGGGUAUAACGUAGAGAUGAUGUAGAACCUUCGACCUUGUGCUGAAAAGGAGAAAGAAUAGGUAUAAGGUUCAGCAUUGAGGGACUGGAGGAACGAAGGCCUUCAGCCCCAGGAGGUGGCGGUGAACUCUGAACUAUGGCCAGUAUUUCAUGCCAUUGUCAAACCAAGAAACUACCUCAAGUGGACUCACGAUUGUAUUGCGUUCAGUAGAUACAAACGGACAAACUAUCUUGUAAAAAUGCUUGCAGUUCUGUUUCUGGUGAAGGUAUUGGAAACGGUUUGACACUAAAAGACAUCCUUUGACAUUUUUAAGCACACAAGCCCUCAAAAGCGUUGGGGCAGUUAAACUAGGCCUACGUCUGGAAUCGGUUUCAACUGCCAGGUUCCCGAUCUUGGGUUCUGGAGUACAGUAACUUUGCCUUGGAAUCCAACGGUGAAACCAUAACUGUAUCGCAGACCAAAAUGCAACCUUGAUAUUCACAUAUUUCCCAUGUUCAUGAUGACUUAGCAGCAGUGUUAGACUGAAAGCUCUGUGGAAUGUAGCUAAUGAUAGAUGUGAAGUGGUUUGUGUGCCAUACAAUCGUUCUUCUUCCUCUAGAACAGAGAAACUAAAGAAUGUUUUAGCCCCGUGCUGCCUAACUUGGCCAUUGUGCCCAUCGGUGGUUAUAUUGGAUAGGAUGAACCGCUGACCUUUACAUAUAAAUACCAGUCAGGAACGUCAUCCUUUGACACUACAGCCAGCAUUAGACUGUUUGUCCCCAUCAGAUAUUAUAGUCCAACCUGGACAAAAUGACCAAUAUCCAUGGUACAAAUAUGCCCAUUCCAAUUUUUUGCCUAAAAAUCAAGGGAAACCUUGAAUCUAACAAUGUAUUUAUUUUAUUGGCCAUAGCAACCAAUCUUCUAACUUGUAGGAGAUCUUCAAAUCUAUCUGAUCGGUUGCUAUGGGCAAUAUCUCCAAUAAUGUUUAUCUCCAAUGUUAAUAAAGACACCCCUCAAUAUUAGGGACAUGGGAUCAGUUACAAUACAGAAUAACAUUCCCUUCAUGGUCAACAGUAUUUUAAAUAUUGCACCUAGUGAUGGGGAUUCAGUGCAGACUGUAUUCUGUCUAUUAGUAUUUGUUCUGCUAGCAUGUCAAGGUGGUGCCAAUUGGACUGGCCACUAGAGGGCAGCACCCAGUACUGGUCCAGGUUCGGGACAGCAACAGUUCCGCUUGAGUAGACCAGCAAAUGCUUAGUUACUCGCUGCCUUUCCUGCAGUAUUACACUACCCCUCCCCAUAAUGGUGACUGGACCUAGUGUAUUAUACUAGAACCUAUGAAAUGGACAUAAAAAGAAAUUAGCUGUUAUGGAUAGUUUCCCAGUAUCUGAUGGGGGAAUGUCCAGACUGCCACCUUCCCUAUGUUACACAUAGAUGAUCUAAUGAUGGCAUUCCACACCACCCCAGGGUAUUUGUUGAUUUGUAGAGUGGAAGUGCACUUUAUUGGUCAAUGUCUUGCUGUUUGUGGAGCAGGAACUUAUUGUUGUACCCAUUGUUUCAGUGUUAUCCCACACAUCUUAUCCCUACACAGCAGACAUCUGGUACAGUUGAGGAAGAAACCAAUAAUUUGUGAGCUCAGUGGACUGAAACAUUAUACAGUAUCAGUUCUGGUACUUAACAGAUCCUGGACUAGUCGUGUUCCUCUAUAAUCCAUCCCGUACCAAGAACACUUUUCAUUAAAAGAAUGUACUUGACAAAAGAUGUCUCCUCUGCAGCACAGUCUUCCCUCCGUUGACUGUCCUUGGGUGGAAAUAUCCAAACUAGGGCCCAGAAGCUUUAGGGGACCUUCUGGUAAGGUUCAUUAUUGAUUAAGAAGCAAGGGGUCCCAAACUAUAGUCUUGCACUGGAGCAAUGCCACCUAAUGCGAUGGUUACCUGCUCGUCUCAUAUAGCCUAGGGAUAUGAUGUUGAAAUCAUCUGCAUUGGUGUAAUUAAUUUAUUAUGUACAACCCAGUCCUGGGUGUUUUCAGACAUUCUCAUUCAAGUCUCCCAUUGAGGUUGAGCAAUAGGUCCAGAUGGCGGAAGAUGGUGGAAACAAUGCUGUAGAAGCUAGAGUUCCAAGAACUAGCAAUGUGGGGGUUGACCUAAAUCCCAUGGGCCAGGCGGGUUUGGGUUGAAAUUGGGCAACCAUUGUGGUUCAGUUUGGGUGUUGACUCACUCACUUGGACCCAGUGCGCAGAACUAGU